GCGAAGCGUAUUGUGGCAGCGUUCCAACUUCCAAUUCAGCCAGCGCAGGAAUUAAAACGCUCGAGCAAGCGAUCGUCUGCAACGGUGAGCGAAAUCUGAGUUUCUAUGGCGACCUCGUCGGAGAAGCAAGUGAUGAUGGUGGCUGUGGACGAGAGUGAGCACAGUGCCUAUGCUCUCGAAUGGACUCUCGAUCACUUCUUCACUCCCACCCCUAAUCCUCUCUUCAAGCUCAUUCUUGUUCAUGCUAGACCUUCUGCGAUCUCCACUAUCGGCUUCGCCGGCCCUGGAGCUAAUAACGUUUUGCCCAUUGUUGAUGCGGAUUUGAAAAGAACGGCUGCAACAGUUGUUGAAAAGGCCAAAGAGCUUUGCAUCAAGAAAUCGGUAAAUGAUGUAGAAGUGGAAGUAAUAGAAGGAGACGCCAGAAACGUGCUUUGCGAUGCUGUGGACAAACACCAUGCUUCUAUAUUGGUUGUGGGAAGUCAUGGUUAUGGAGCUAUAAAAAGGGCUGUGUUAGGGAGUGUGAGUGACUAUUGUGCUCAUCACGCUCACUGCACUGUGAUGAUUGUAAAGAAGCCAAAACCCAAGCACUGAACUGAUAUGCAUGCUUUGGUUGCCUCUAAUAAGUACUUCUCAGCUAGAUAUAUAUUGAUCAUAGGGUUCCCAGAACAUUCAGAGUCAUGGUUGUUCUGUAUAUUUACCAUAUCAACUAUCAGUUUAAGGGUGAAUGUAUUGCUAUGUUUAUAGCAAUAUAACUAUAUAUUUAGUGUGUGAAUGUUGGGCUGGUUUGUUUCCUUGUUAUUGUUUUACUUCAUUAAGUGGAGGUUUGGAAAUCAGGUAAAUAAGCCAAUUUUAUGUUUUACAAUAAAAAACAUUUCUCGCUUACUUCGCACAA